AUGCCAUCCCAUCACUCUCAAAUACGAACGGCAACCACUGCUGCUGCUGCUGUUGCUACUAGUCCAUCUUCCAAGACUUUGAUACAAACACCUCCAAGUCAUCCUCAUCAUCAAUACGAGAAUUCCAAAGCAUCCAUGUUACCUUCCAUUCAUUCUUCUGGUUUCUUUUCUCCUCCUCAUCAUCCUUUCUAUUACAAUAAUAAUCAUCAUCAUCAUGCUCAUCCAAUACCAACCAUUAGUGCUGCUGCUGCUGGUUAUACUUGUUCGUCUCCUCGAUAUGAACCAUACAUGUAUGCAUCUCAUCAUCCUUCGAAUUCUCCAACUUUAGACACUCAUUCUCAUAGCCAACCACACCAACAUUAUGAAGAAUCGAAUUGUUCCAUUUCUAAUUCAGCUUCUUCUGCCUCUCAUUCAGCUCCUAGUCCACACGUAACGAAGGAACAGAAUAAUGGAAAGGGUAAACGAACGAGUCGAAAAUCGAGUAUUUCCUCUGGUUCUCAUACAGGUCAUGCCACAACGACGACGAGCACGGCUCAGAAUUCUGGAAUUGUAAAAAAGAAGAGAAAAACCAAGAAGAAUAAGAUUAUUAUUGCAACCUCUGAAUUGGUGAGGUGCAUGAAUUUGCCUCAAACGGUUGCAGCAAAAAAGCUGAAAGUUUCAUUGAGUACAUUGAAGAGAAGAUUUUAUGAAUUGGGAAUUGGAAGAUGGCCUGCUGUGCAAGGAGCAACGACGACCACAACAUCACCUUCUGCCAAUGUUGAAGAAGUCAAUGCAAUGACAACUGACUUGUCUUAUGUAAAUUGUGGUGAUGUGGAACCACAGCAAAAGCUUUCACUCUCGUUUAUCAUGCACAAGAAGGACUUUGCUGAACCUUCGGUAGUGGAUAAUCUAUCGAUGGUGAUUUUGAAAGUGGCCUUCACAUUGAAUACUGCUGAAGAGAAAUAA